GUUUAAUUUUGUUAACCAAUCCAAACUAGUGCAUUAGUGUAAAAAAGUGAAUUUUCCUCCCUGAACGAGCAAAUAUUUACAAAAUGGACGACAAGGAUUUUCAAGUGUCUUCAGAAAUAUUCGAAGAAAACGACUAUGUUGUAGUUACAAAAAAACCAAUUCUAAGUGAAAAUAACGUUGUUUCCAAAUUCAAUUUCUACCGGCCUCGGUGCGGCUUAGCGAUCGAUGCAGACGGAGAUUUGAAUGUUCUUCGAAGGAAUCCGAGAACUCCGCCCUCGCCGACGGACUUUAUCGAAAUAGAGCACAAAAAGAGCACCGUUUUAGGCAUGGUGGGAUUGCAAGUAUGGCGAGGGGCUUUUCUUUUGGCCGAUUGGUUGAUGCAUUAUCACGAAACAAUACCGAAGGGAUCGUACGUUUUGGAAUUAGGAUCAGGAGUAGGAUUUACCAGUAUUGUUGCUUCUAUGUUUUUCCCCGUUAUUUGUACAGAUGUAAAUAGAGGCGACAUACUGCGGCUGAUCGAAUGCAACGUGCACAGGAACGAGAAUCACGUGAAGAAUCCCAUCGAAGUGCUCGAAUUGGAUUUCACGUCGGAUCGCCUCCCCGAGGAAAUCGUGAAACACCUGCCGAACGUCGGCGUUAUUAUAGCGGCAGACACCGUGUACGACGACAGCCUUACGGAAGCUUUCAUCCGUACAAUACAAAGGUUAUUAUCAACGACUCGAGCACAGAGCAGCGUCUACGUGGCGUUGGAAAAGCGAUACGUUUUCACUGUAGCCGACUGCGACACGGUCGCUCCCUGCUACGAUUAUUAUCUGGAAUGUUUGGAAAAAUUGACGAACGUCAAGUGCGAGCCGGUCCCUUUGACGUUUCCGCAGUAUUUCCAGUACCAGAGGGCCAAAGAGCUGGUAUUGUGGAAGGUGACGGCUCUCUGAUCCCCGUCCCCGACGAUGGAAUUUUACUUUAGGUAAUCUACUUAUUUAUUAAAUGUAUUUAAUUUCUAUACUGUUUGUCGUUUAAUGAUGUACAAAUUACAUGUUCAAACAGUAUUUUCCGGAGAUACUUACCUAAUUACGUGUAAUAUUUGGAAACUCGAGUAAAG